AACUCGUGACACAUAAAUGUAGCAACCCAGAUGACACCGCGAGGAGGUUUGUGUCCACAUUUGAGAUGAAGGAAGUCCAAGAUAAGCCUGGAAUUUGCCUAGUCAAAACCAAUGGGAAGGGUUGCUUGGUUUCCAACAUCCCCAAGUCACUCUGUUCGUCUUCGCCGUAGUCAUGUUGGCCCUUGCUGUCGGUGUCCAAUCAUCACUAUUAGCUGCUCAUGCACCUGGUGUAUCGUAUGUUACCUCAGCCGCCCAUCCAGCUGGCCCAUGGGGCGGCCACUGGGCUGGAGCCUGGGGUGGUCCCUGGGCAGGUCAUGCUGGCGCCUGGCAUGGACCAGCUGCUGCCGUUGACGUUAGCGCUUGGGGACAUGGUGCAUGGGGUGGUCAUGGAGCUUGGGGUGAUCAUGGUGCUUGGGCUGAUCAUGGUGCUUGGGGUGGUCACGGUGCCUGGGGUGGCCAUCCUGGUAUCUCUUUGAGCCAAGGUCCCGGUCAUGCUCAUGCUGCUCAUGGACCUGGUGUAUAUGUGGCUAAAACUCGUGGUGCUGUUCACACUGCUCCCUUAGCUGGUCAUAUUAACUCUGCCACUUCUGUGAAUGUGGCUCCUGCUCCUGGUACGCAUUAAGAAUUUGAAAAUCUUAAAAAAUAUAUCUCCCAAGCAACUACAACAGAUGACACCUGAUGCCAAACUAGUUUUUAAUAAACUCUACAACACGUUCACUUCCAUCAACUAUCAACUUUACAACUUUUUUCUGAGGACUUGACUCCAAUUAUCUUCGACUAUCACCAGUGCUUUCUGUAAACACACAUUUUUCCAUUCGAGGAGUCCACGUGUAAUUUGUAUUGCGAUUAAAUCUACCAAAUUUGGACACCGAACACUUCUUUUGCCCCUCAUUUCUUACUCUCAGUCUGUACCUGUAUACCCAUUUUACUCUGUAAAUAUGUAUAUGAACUUAUCUCUAUAUAGUAUUGCAAUAAUGUAUAUCUCAACCACACAUUUAUCAUUUUCUGUCUUUGAUCUUUUGCAAGGCUACUAACUUUGUUACUCACUUCAAUUGUUUCCCUUCCUAAAAGUUAUUGUUUUUGCAAAAAAUUUUGCUCUGAUGCCA